AUUGUCUGGAGGGUACAAACAGGAAAAUCACUUCUAAUGUACAGUACUGCUAAGAGCUUCUAACGGCAAAUUGCUAAGAGUUCCUAUCAGCCCAGCGCACAUGGUGAAGUGGGUCGAGACUUAGUGAGGUGUGUCCCCAUUAUCCAGCUCUUGCCAGAGUUAGGAGUGCCCUUCAUCCUGUGCAUGCUUAAGUGUGUGUGUGUGUGUGUGUGUGUGUGUGUGUGUGACUGCCUGAAAGACUAAAGUUUGUCCUUUCUACAUAUAAUCCACAGACAUGUCUCAUACUCAUUGGUCUGAUUCUGAGGAAAUAAGCAUCCAUACAUCCUGCUGGACAAUGAGCAAAAGGACUUUCUUUCUGCUGGUUGUUUUGGGAUUUUGUGCCAUGUGGCAGGAGGCAGAUGCUGAGAUCAUCUUAGAUAAACCUGUACUCAGUGGUCCCUCGAAUAGUACUCUGGGUUCAGUUGAGGAGUUUUACUGCAAACUGGACAAGAUCCCAACAAACCAAACUGUUCUGUACCAGUUCUUUAACAAAGGAAAUGUAAAUAAGAUUUUGGGGGAAUACAGCGCUCUCACCCAAGAGAAAGCCAAAUUUCCUGCUGUUAUUAGUCUUGCUUUUGAUGGACAGUUAAUAUGCAAGGCCAGUGUGCAAAACAACUCCGAGAUCAUUCCCACCCUCAGUGACCAGAUGAAAUUCCAAGUAAUUGUGCCUGUAAAAGGUGCACAAAUCAUAUCAAGCCCCUCUUUGGAAGAUCUCUGGGAAAAAGACAGUCUGACUCUGUGGUGUAAUAUAACUGAAGGGAAUUUCGUAUUGUAUGACUGGUUCCUGGAUGAUAAUCCGCUCCUCAACGACAGCUCUAACAGCCAUCUACUUAUUCCAAGCCUUUCCAGCAAGAACAAAGGAAAAUAUGUCUGUGUUGCUAAAAACUACUAUAAUGAGACGUUAAAUUACACCAAUAAGAGUGAGGGAGUGGAUGUUCAUGUUAAAGAGUACCUGUCACAGCCUGAAAUCUCAUUUAAGAUUGGCAAGAAUGCUGAGGGAAACUUUAGCGCCUACGUGAAAUGCCAGGUGACAAAAGGAUCCCCACCCAUAAACUACACUUUUUUCAGAAACAAUCACCAGGUUGCUGUAGUCAACGGUGAACACCUGAAUGCCUCAUUUGUAGUGCCCAUAGUACUGGACCAAGACAUGGGCACUGUGUAUUGCCAAGCAAAUAAUGGGAAAAGACUAGUGCAGAGCAGAAAACUGAACCUCACAGUGGAGUACCUGUCACAGCCUGAAAUCUCAUUUAAGAUUGGCAAGAAUGCUGAGGGAAACUUUAGCGCCUACGUGAAAUGCCAGGUGACAAAAGGAUCCCCACUCAUAAACUACACUUUUUUCAGAAAUAAUCACCAGGUUGCUGUAGUCAACAGUGAACACCUGAAUGCCUCAUUUGUAGUGCCCAUAGUACUGGACCAAGACAUGGGCACUGUGUAUUGCCAAGCAAAUAAUGGGAAAAGACUAGUGCAGAGCAGAAAACUGAACCUCACAGUGGAGUACCUGUCACAGCCUGAAAUCUCAUUUAAGAUUGGCAAGAAUGCUGAGGGAAACUUUAGUGCCUACGUGAAAUGCCAGGUGACAAAAGGAUCCCCACCCAUAAGCUACACUCUUUUCAGAAACAAUCACCAGGUUGCUGUAGUCAACAGUGAACACCUGAAUGCCUCAUUUGUAGUGCCCAUAGUACUGGACCGAGACAUGGGCACUGUGUAUUGCAAAGCAGAUAAUGUGAAAAGACCAGUGCAGAGCAGAAAACUGAACCUCACAGUGGAGUACCUGUCACAGCCUGAAAUCUCAUUUAAGAUUGGCAAGAAUGCUGAGGGAAACUUUAGUGCCUACGUGAAAUGCCAGGUGACAAAAGGAUCCCCACCCAUAAGCUACACUCUUUUCAGAAACAAUCACCAGGUUGCUGUAGUCAACAGUGAACACCUGAAUGCCUCAUUUGUAGUGCCCAUAGUACUGGACCGAGACAUGGGCACUGUGUAUUGCAAAGCAGAUAAUGUGAAAAGACCAGUGCAGAGCAGAAAACUGAACCUCACAGUGGAGUCAGUAGGGGGCAAUGUGACAAUGAGCCUGGAAAAAGCUGUAGGGAAGGACUUCGACGUGUACGGUGUUUGGCUAUAUUGCCAUGUGGACAAAGGAACGUUUCCGAAAUACUACUGGUUCCUCAAUUACACAAGGCUGGAGAGCCAAGGGAAAUUUUACAGAACAUUCUCUCCAAACCACUCAGGCCUCAUGGUCAGGUUGGACCCAAGCAUUGCUACUGCUGGGGUUUACCACUGCGAGGUCGUGAACUCAUUCGACAACACUAGUAGAGUGAGCAGUCCAAGGAUUCUGAUUACUCAUGAAGUGUUUAACAAAAUAUCAACUGAGGUGGCAGCCAUCAUUUUCACCUGUUUCUCACUGCUGAUUUGUGCCGUGUUAGCGUGUUGUGUUUAUGGAGUGGUGUUACGAAAAAGGCAAGCCAGGAAAUAUAUAUUAAAAGACUUCACAGACAAGCAUAGUAUAGUGGAUGAUGAUGGUGUUUUUAAUAAGAUUGAGGAGACUGAGGAGGACGAAUAUGAAGAAGAAGAACAUGAUGACCUGGAUACAGAGGCAUAUAUUGAAGAUACAGAUGUUGUACAAGCCUCCAUGAUGGAAGACUUUUAUGAGGAACUGUGACUCACACAAUGACUCCACUGUUUCCUUAGGAGUGAAGAGGAGAAAGAGCCUGACUUAGAUAAUUACAGUUUCUGAAUAUUUGUUUGCUUGCUUGUUUGUAAUUUUAUGCCAUGCCAGCUACCAUGGCUAUUUUCCUGGUGGGAAACAGUUUUAAAUGGAGAAAAAAAAUGAACAAUUUACAAAUGUUUUUUUUGUUUGUUUGUUUUUUUAAAAGUUUUUUUUAAAGUAAAUCUAAAACUAAAUAUUGCCUCAAUUCAUUCAAAAAAUGUUCAUAUGAAUCAACCAAAUAAAAAAAGAGUACUAGGAGGAGUUGAAACCAUUACAGUCCAUUAAAAUAUGCAUCAAAGAUAUUGGACUUUGGCAUAAGGGGCAUAAAGGAGGAUCUUCACCCGUUAACGGAAACUUGUUAGUGAGUCUGGAGUGGCCUAUUUGGCAGCGGUGUAGAUGAUAUUGUCCCAGAGAUUAUUAAUUUUUUUUGAAGACAUAAGUGUUUAUAAUGGGUUUGAGGUCUGACAGUGGAAUAAGGCAUUUUCUGAGCACUGAUGAUGAGGCCUCCUUAACAGCAGCAUCUGCUUGCUCAUUCCCUGGAAUUCCACAAUUCCCUGGUACCCAACAAAAAAUAAUGGCAAAAUUCUGUACUUCCAAAACCUCCAUUUAAAAUUUCUACAAGAGCUGGCUGUUCAUUUUUAAUGAAUUUGUAUUUUCUGAAUAUACAGUACAUUUAAAGUUACUGAAUAAUUUAAUUAUUGCAUAAUGUUUUAAUACAGUAGUGUUAAUGUUACAGAAAUAAACAUAACAUUGAAAAUCUGGGAUUUUUUUUAAAAACUGGAAAUAAAACUGAAAGUUUUAGAAUAUUGGGAUGGAUUUGAUCUAAUAUGGAUCAUCAGGUUUUACACAAACUUGUGGAGUCUGUGUCAGAUCGAGUGGUACAGUCUGAGGAAGGUCAUAGUCUUGGUGAUGUUACUUAACAAUUCUGCUUUUCUACUUUUCUCUCCUGUGAGUUUACUCAAAAAUGGCUGAUACACAAUAUAAAAACACAAGCUCAUGGAGACACUGUAUAUAAUUUCUGUGUAAGAAACCCUUACAGUUGGGUUGAAGUUUUCUUUGUUGUUAUUAUCACAGUGGCAUUUAAUAAAAUCUUUAUGUUCUUUG